UGAUCAUUAAAUUGUUUUGUUUUAGAUAGUGUUUUUUAGGUUAUCUGACAAUUUGUAAAUAGUGGCAGUUGUUAAAAAGUAGUAGUUCUUCAAUAACACUAUGAAUCCAAAGAGUCCAGAAGCUAGAAAACGUGAAGGAAAUCCGUUUGAUGGUCUUAUUAUCGCAAACACAGAAAUUCUGGACAAUAUCGAAAGUAGAAGUUCUUGUCCUAGCUGCGGAAAGUCACGAAUGUAUUUUUGCUACACUUGUUUUGUACCCGUCUCGCAACUAGCUACUCGUAUCCCUGUUUGUGCUUUACCGAUUAAAAUUGAUAUCAUUAAACAUCGUAGAGAAAUUGAUGGAAAAAGUACUGCCGCACAUGCAGCCGUUUUAGCGCCCGAUCAAGUUCGUGUUUUUACUUACCCAGAAAUACCGAAGUAUGACAUCAAUAAUGGUAGAACAGUUUUACUAUAUCCUGGCGCAGAAGCUGUUCCUGUAUCCAGUCUAUUUUCAGGAAAACAACCUUCAGAGACAUAUUCUCAAAAACUACUUUCACAAUUACCGCCAGGGUAUAAUGUAGGCACUUUGAUGACAAAGACAUUGGAAGAAGGAGAAAACUUAGAUAUAUACCAUGUAAGCCAAUGGCCAGUUGACCAUGUUAUUUUAAUAGACAGUACAUGGAACCAAAGUCGUGGUAUAUAUGCUGAUGAAAGAUUACAGAAACUACCUAAGAUAGUGCUGAAGAAGAGACCAUCACAAUUUUGGCGACAUCAAAAAGGAAGCCCUCGUUGGUAUCUUUCAACAAUUGAAGCCCUACAUCAGUUAUUAUUAGAACUGCAUUUAUGUGCAUGGGGUCGAAGUGAAACUUAUACAUCUCAUCUCACUUUGCAGUAUCCAAUACACAGGCCACACAACAAUGACUCUUAUUGUGUGCCUUAUGCUGGCCAGUAUGAUAAUUUACUCUUCUUUUUUAAGUUUUUGUAUGAAAAGCUACACAAACUUUAUGACUCAGAUAAUUUGUUAGCGUAUAAGAGACCUAUGACAUAA